AUGACGCGCGUCCUCCACACCCCGCUCGUGCGCCUCGCCCAGCCUACAAUCGCGCGCCGCACAUUUUGGACAACACCGGCCCUGCGCAUCAAAGAGGACGGCAACCGCUCGCCCGAAGAACUCGAAAAGGCCAAGCAAGACCAGCUACAGGAGCAGAAAGAGGGCAAGGGCCGCUGGAAGGAGGAGCUCGCCAGCAGCGGCGAAAGCAACAUCGCCGCGGACAAGCACGAGGUUGACGACCACGGGAGCCAUAUCAAGGAGCUGCAGAAGGAGGGCAAGGAGAUGGGCGACAAGGGGCAGAUAUAG